UGUAAGGUGGUGCACGGUCGUUUCGCGCGUAUACGGGUUUACGCAGACUGUUUUCGUUCUGUCGGUUCGUUAAAGCGUGCUCGUACUACUUGCACGCCGUGACGGUGUACCUGCAUGGUGAGAAACGCGUACGGACGCGAUAAAGAUAAUCGAAAGACAAGCAAGCAAGGGAGCUCGCGAGCCGAGGGUGAAAGGAAAGUAAAGUCGAAAGUAUCGCGAGUGAUAAAGAGUGAACGGGAGCGUAGGGCAGGCAGGGUGGCUCGCCACCAGCCAACUAGGAAUAAAGGGGAAGAGAAAUGGGCCGGUCCGUACUUACGUGAUAGGAGGUGCAUGAGCGCGCGCGCGCUCGCGCUCGCACUUGCUCGCGUGUGUGUAUGUGCGUGCGUGUGUCGUCGCUGUGCGAGUGUGUACGUGAGAAAUAGUUUAUCCCGGUAUUUUUCAAGCGAUAGAAUAAUAAUAGAAUCCCUUUCCGGGUAAUCGGUAAAAAGAGCCGUGGGAAGGUUCGCGUCGCAAGAUGACAGCGAAGUAUAUUUUCAUGACGCUGAUAAACGCAGCUUUCCUCUGCCUGGCGUCGACGAUAGUCUCGGAAUCAGCCGGAGCCUCUUGCAAGUGGUUGCCCGAGGGUGGGAACGAUACGCGUUCGGCGGACUGCACCCUGCGGGUGCUGGAUCCUGUCGCGAUCACGAGUCUCGUGCCAUCGCUCGACGGGGCGGUGAAGUUACGGAUACGGUGCAGCGACGUCCAUCACUUCGAGAGCAGCCUGAACGCUCAAAGCUGGCAACGGUUGACCAGCUUGCACGAGCUCCACGUGCACGGUUGCAAAGUGCUGCGUAUACCGGAGGGCGCGUUCCAACCGCUCCUCGAGCUCAAGAAACUCACCGUGCAAACUUUCAACGGCGUAUGGGGUGUAAGCCGCGUGAUCGAAUUCGCCCCGGACUCGUUGCUCGGUCUGCGUGAACUGCACACCCUGGAGAUCGUCGAGAGCAAUUUGCAAACGCUUCCGGUCGGUCUGCUCUGCGGUCUGGAUAAUCUGCAAACGUUGAACCUGAGCGGGAACCGUCUGAACGACACGAACGAUAUCGGGCUGUAUCGACGGGACACCGGGAACAACGAGGGUAACGGUGAAUCGUGUCGGGCGGAUAUUCGAGUUUUGGACCUCUCGCGCAACGAGAUCGAACGAUUGCCCGACAAUAGCCCGAUAGUCGGUCUGCGCCAGCUUCAAGAGCUGCACCUGCAACGAAACGCGAUCGUCUCAAUUAGCAGCGAGGCGCUCGCCGGUCUGAUCGUGUUGCGCACCUUGAACGCGAGUUAUAAUUCGUUGGACUCGUUGCCGGAGGGGUUGUUCGCCAGCACGAGGGACCUUCGAGAGAUCCAUCUGGCGUACAACGGGCUACGCGAGCUGCCCAAGGGCAUAUUCACUCAACUGGAGCAGCUGCUGGUCCUGAAUCUCGCUGGUAAUCGACUGGGCAGCGAUCGGGUGGACGAGACCACGUUCCUCGGCCUGAUUCGUCUGAUCGUCCUCGAUCUCUCCUUCAACGCCCUCACGCACAUCGACGCGCGUACCUUCAAGGACCUUUUCUUCCUGCAGAUUCUCGAUCUGCGAAACAACACGAUAGAUCGGAUCGAGAGCAACGCCUUUCUGCCGCUGUACAAUCUGCACACCCUCGAGCUCUCCGACAACAAACUCCACACCGUGGGAGCGCAGCUUUUUAACGGUCUGUUCGUACUGAAUCGGCUCACGUUGUCCUGCAACGUUAUCGCGAGCAUCGACCCGCUCGCGUUUCGCAACUGUUCCGAUUUGAAGGAACUGGAUCUGAGCGGUAACGAGCUUACGUCAGUGCCCGACGCGUUGCGCGACCUCGCUUUCUUGAAAACCCUCGACCUCGGCGAGAACCGGAUCAACGAUUUCCACAAUGGCUCGUUCCGUAAUCUUCAUCAGCUGACGGGGCUAAGAUUGAUCGGGAACGACAUCGGGAACCUGUCGCGCGGCAUGCUGUGGGACCUACCGAAUCUGCAGAUUCUCAAUCUCGCCAGGAACAAGGUGCAGCACGUCGAGAGGCACGCGUUCGAGAGGAACGAACGUCUCGAGGCUAUACGAUUGGACGGUAACUUUCUGUCCGACAUAAACGGCGUGUUCACCAGUAUCGCCAGUUUGCUACUGCUGAAUCUAUCGGAGAAUCAUAUCGAAUGGUUCGAUUACGCUUUCAUACCGGGCAACUUGAAAUGGCUGGACAUACACGGUAACUUUAUCGAGAGUCUGGGGAACUACUACGAGAUCCGUGACUCGAAAGUGAAAACGUUGGACGCCAGUCACAACCGUAUCACGGAACUGUCCCCGUUGUCGGUGCCCGACAGCGUCGAGUUGCUCUUCAUAAACAACAACUACAUAAGCGUCGUUCGACCGAAAACGUUCGCGGACAAGGUGAAUCUGACCAGAGUGGACAUGUACGCGAACAUGAUCGAGACGAUGGAGCUGACGUCGUUGCUGCUGACCAAAGUACCGGAGGACAAACCGCUGGCCGAGUUCUAUAUCGGCGGUAACCCGUUCAACUGCAACUGCUCGAUGGAUUGGCUGCCGGCAAUCAACAAUCAAACGUCGACGAGAGAAUACCCGCGCAUCAUGGACUUGGACAAUGUGAUGUGCCGUACUUCCGGGCCACGUGGCGUCGCCAUAGUGUCCGCUUCUACGGCGCGAUCCGAGCAAUUCCUCUGCCGCUACGAGGCCCAUUGUUUCGCCCUCUGCCACUGCUGUGAUUUCGACGCGUGUGACUGUGAGAUGACCUGCCCCGCCGGCUGCAAGUGCUACAACGAUCGGACGUGGAAAACGAACGCGGUGGAUUGCUCGGGCCUCGAGGUCGAGGAGAUACCCCGUCGAAUACCGAUGGACGCGACCGAGGUCUAUCUGGACGGUAACGUGUUACGCGAGUUGCAAAAUCACGUGUUCAUCGGUCGUAAGAAUAUGGUGGUUCUGUACGUGAACGCGAGCGGCAUCGAGUCGAUACAGAACCGCACGUUCAACGGUUUGAACAACCUUCAGAUCCUUCAUCUCGAGGACAAUCGGAUACGCGAGCUAAAGGGUUUCGAGUUCGAGCGUCUCUCCCAUUUGCGCGAGCUUUAUCUGCAGAACAAUCUGAUCGGUUUUAUCGGCAAUCUGACAUUUUUGCCGUUACGUUCGCUCGAGAUCCUGAGACUGAGCGGCAACCGGUUGGUCACGUUCCCGGUCUGGCAGGUCACGCUGAACGCGCGACUCGUCGAGCUGUCCCUGGGCAGCAAUCCGUGGUCCUGUCGGUGCAAGUUCUUGCAGGAGUUAUCCUCCUGGGUAUCGGACAACGCGCACAAAGUAGUAGACGCGAGCGACGUUUGGUGCUAUUACGGCGGCGAGACCAGGCCCGCGUAUCGUCGACGAUUGAACGUCAACGAGACGGUCUGUUCCGAUUACUUUUCCCAGGGCGGCGUAAUCGAGAGCAUCAUGGUGUCGGAUUACUUGCCUCUGGUCGCCGCUACCUUGUCCGCGGUCCUCGUGCUCUUGGUAAUAAUCGUUCUCGCGUUCAUAUUCCGCGAGCCGGUCGGCGCUUGGGCCUAUUCCAAGUACGGUUUGCGAUUUUUGCGCGCGAAACCGGGGAAAUCGUCGGUGACGGCCACGAUGCCGUCGGCCGCGGCUAUGCCAGCGUGCUGCGACGGCGACCGCGACCGCGACCGCGACCGUCUCUACGAUUGUUACGUCUGCUACAGCCCGAACGACGAGGACUUUGUGCUCCACUCGCUGGCCGUGGAGCUCGAGCACGGCAACGCGGCCGUUCGACUCUGUUUGCAUCAUCGCGAUCUAUCGUGCGUGCUCCGCGCCUCCGCCCUCGCGCCGAUCGUUCUCGAGGCGAUCGACGCGUCCCGUCGUGUACUGAUCGUCCUCACCCGUAACUUCCUGCAAACCGAAUGGUCGCGGUUCGAAUUCCGCGCGGCGCUUCACGAGGCGUUGCGCAGAAGGGCGGCACAGUUGAUCGUGGUGCAGGCGGGCCACGCGUGUCCCGAGGUGGAACGGGACCCUGAGCUGCGACCGUACCUUCGAACGGCCGCCGCGAUAUUGACGUGGGGCGAGAAGAGGUUCUGGGAACGUCUGCGACACGCGAUCCCGCCGGCCGCGAACAUGGCCGACAUCAUAUCGAUGGAGAGGAAAUCCUCGCCGCUGGUCUACAAGCGGAACAUCAACACGUACACGCUGGACGGCGUGGCCAGCGAGAAGACGAGCAUGUCGACGCUCAGGACGCAAGACCGACAACGUUCCUUCUUCAAAGACUCCUCGCCAACGACCGCGUUGAUGCUGCAACACGCGCCGCCCGCCUAUUCCUGCGGCACGGUCUCGAUGCCGCAACAACAACCGCCACCUUCCUCGCCGCAGCCCAGGCUGACCGUCAAUCACGCCUACCGAGAUGCGGUUACCGUACCAGGUAGCAAUCUCAUCGCCGCCAACACCACCGUCAGCAGCGCCAGCAGCGACGAUCACAGAAGACCGCUCUCCGAGCACAUAUACUCCUCCAUCGACUCGGAUUAUUCCACGCUCGAGAGAACCGCCUGGAGACACCAACAACCACCGCCCCCGCCGCCCCCACCAUCUUCCGGCCAGGCCUAUCUCGUCUAGCUCUCCGUAAAUUUACAUUUUCCUGCAGAAACAGACUUGGCCACAUUUUUAUCCAGAUAACGUCUUUCCUUAGUCUCCGACACUUGCACCCAAUUCGGAUCUCUCAACUAAUUCAACAAACAUCAGGGUACAAAUCUACUUCCUUUCUUUUCAAAUUGAAUAUUUUACAAAAAUCACCUCUAACACC